AUGUUCGAUCCUCUUGACUUGUACACUCCUGAUGAAAUCCAGGUUGAGCCUUUACAGUUCGAUCUAGCGGAGAAAGAGCUAGAGGAGCUUUCUUCACAGCAACAACGUGACGGAACAUUAGCAAAUGUAGAUGAAAAAGAGAGCGACGAUGAUGACACCAUUAUAGAUAAUUUAGAUCUGCCUUCCGUAAGGUAUGCUCCUCCAGAAGUUAUCCUUUGUAUAUUAGUUCUUCUAAGGCCCAAUAGACAAGUAAAUUUCAAUCAGGAAACAGGGAAGGAUAAAUCUGUACUGGAGAUUUGCGAGAGUCAUGGGCUGGAACCCGAUCUGCUGAAAAGACUUCUAGGCUGGUAUACGGAAGAAUGGCCUAACAAGCGGUUAAACUCGUUGAAAAAAAUAUGCAAUAAGAUUCCGAUGCUGAGAUUUAUGGUAUCCAAAGAACUAUUAUUGAGCUACUAUACUAGUGUAUUGAAAAAAUACAAUAACUGUUGCGGAUUUAAUGAUGAAACGGUACAACAGCUUCUUAAGGAAUUGAGUUCAAGGAUAUCUGAAAACUGCGGGAGAACAGCCCAACCAUCCAUAAUAAGAUAUUUUGAAUUAAAAAAUCUGACCAAUGCUAUACCGCUUUAUGAACCCUCUUUAACGGCCGAUAACCUUGGUUGGAAGACAUGGGGGUCAUCUCUAAUACUUUCGCAAUUAGUCGUAGAUCACUUACUCACCACGAAUCUGAACUUCGCAGCGAACAGCGACACCAAACAGAUUAAAGUAUUAGAAUUAGGAGCGGGUACAGGUUUAGUAGGACUUUCAUGGGCCUUAAAAUGGAGAGAACUUCAUGGAACUGAUAACAUAGAAAUCUUCGUGACAGACUUACCUGAGAUUGUAACGAACUUGAAAAAAAACGUGUCACUAAAUAACUUACAGGAUUUUGUUCAAGCAGAAACAUUGGACUGGACUAAUCCACAAAGUUUCAUUGACAAAUUUGGGCAUGAAAAUGAAUUCGACAUCAUAUUGGUCGCCGACCCGAUAUAUUCGCCUCAGCAUCCAGAAUGGGUAGUUAACAUGAUAUCGAAGUUCUUGGCGCCAUCAGGAACUUGCCAUCUAGAAAUACCAUUGAGGGCAAAGUACGCAAGAGAACGAGAAGUUUUGAAAUUAUUACUCCUGGAAAAUAAUUUCAAGGUAGUUGAAGAAGGGCAUUCAGAGGGUAUGGAUGAUUGGGGCGUCGUUAAAUAUUUAUAUAGACAAAUCGUUCGCAAUUAG